AUGUUUACAUACUCAAGUAGUUUAGAUGAGGAACUAAAAGUAGUUAAUAAUCUGAAGGAAAAGCGAUGGGGGAGUACUGCGCUCGAAUGUGCUUUCAGCAUUUCUCAACGUCCCCUCCCUUUUUCGUUAGGGUGCUUCUCCCGACAAUCGCGUCGCUCUCGCCGUACCCAACAAGAUGUACCGCCCUCCCCUUUCCGCACUCUUGUCCGGGCUCUGUCAUUCUCUCAGCAAGAUACAUUUUCUGGCUUUUUGGACGAGAUAGCUUUAUUAAAGAAAGGAAUCAUCACGAAAGACACUCCUAAACACACAUACCGAAGAGCAAGUGCUGAGAUAGUUAAAGAACCAAUCGAUGAGGAAAGGUCCGUUUACUAG